AUGACGUUUGCUUAUCAACGACGACGCAGUCAACACGGACACUCACUGAAAACACUCGACGUCACCCCGCUUGCUGUGUUGCGAACGAUUGCGGUGCGCACUGGAUUAACCCGAUCGGCGCAACUGAUUCCAGCUGUUUGCGGCCGUACCAUGUCGUCCACAGCAGAUAGCAACAGUUUGGUUCUGGCGGAGGAGGUUGGCAGCAAGGGAGUGAUCACGCUGAAUCGACCGAAAGCACUGAAUGCGAUCAAUCUCGAGAUGGUCCAGCUCAUCUAUGACGCUAUGAAGCGCUGGGAGGCUGGCAAAAGUCUCGUGAUCAUGAAAUCCGUCGGUGAGAAAGCGUUCUGUGCCGGUGGUGAUGUACGCGCGAUCACCGAAACGAGCAAUGUUGAGCUGGCGCGGAAAUUUUUCACCACCGAGUAUAGGCUGAAUGCACUAAUUGGCCAUUAUCGUCCGACGUACAUUGCGUUUAUCGAUGGUAUUACGAUGGGCGGUGGUGUGGGUCUGUCCGUGCACGGCAAAUAUCGUAUCGCUACGGAGCGCACCAUGUUCGCGAUGCCCGAAACGGCUAUCGGGCUAUUCCCGGACGUUGGCGGUGGCUAUUUCCUACCACGGUUGGAAGGAAAGCUAGGCCUGUAUCUAGGCCUUACUGGCUAUCGUUUGAAGGGACGUGACGUGCACAAGGCGGGUGUUGCAACCCACUACGUGGAAAGCAAAAACCUCCCUGCCCUGGAACAGCAACUGCUGGCCACAACGAGCGGUGCCGAGGUGGAAAGUGUGCUGGAUCGAUUCUCGGAGAAGAAGGAUGCCGGGGUAGAGUUCGUGUUGGCCAAGCAGAUAAAGCAAAUCAACGAGUGCUUCAGUGCACCGACGGUUGAGGGUAUUUUUAAGAAUUUGGAAAAGGAUGGUAGCGAAUGGGCACAGAGCACACUGAAGUUGCUGCACAAAAUGUCCCCAACGUCGAUGGUUGUGACGCAGAAGCAGCUCGAACUGGGCAGCAAGAUGGAUCUGAAAACGUGCCUGAAGAUGGAAUACCGGUUGGCCGUACACCAUGCGAUUGAUAGUGAUUUUAAGGAGGGUGUACGGGCCCUGCUGAUCGAUCGUGAUCAGAAACCGCGCUGGAAUCCACCCACCCUGGCGGAGGUUGACCCGGUGCGAGUUGAAAAAUACUUUGGCCCAUUGCCAGAUGCCAGCGAAUUGCAAUUCGAAGACGAAUCGCCGAAAGCUUCAUUGUAA